GCUAUUACCCGUCAGCUUGACUCAACAGGGGGACAACAGCGAGCGAAGCUACCUGGUUGCAAAGUGCAGCAAAAUGAAAGCUUUCGGUUAACUUUGGGGUGUUUAUAACCGCACAGACACGGAGUUACUUUGCUGGAUAAACUGUCCUCGUGUCAUUUGUCUGCCUGGGAAGAUCCAGAGGCCUGAACCGGAACCCGUCGGGCCUCGUCGUCGUGGCCCAGCAGGACUCGAGUGAAGUUGGAGCCAAACUUCUGCUUCCUCCUGCGGGUCUCUGCGGGGCUCGGGGCUCCUGUCACCGGCCCUGUGGAUGAGGAAGUGACCGUAAACCUACCAGGAGAAAGGAUUCCACUUGAUGGGAGAAUCCUCUUUCCUGGCCUCCUGGGUCAAUCGCUGUGCCAUGAUGAUGGAUGAGCAGGAGGCGCUGAACUCGAUCAUGCAGGACUUGGCUGAACUGCACCGCUCUAGCCGCCCUGCCAUGUUCCUGUCGGACCUGGGCAAACCCAAGGCCUCCUCGCCCAAAAACCAGAACGACGUCAGAGUGAAGUUUGAGUUCAAAGGGGAGAAGAGGAUCUUGCAGUUCCCUCGGCCUGUCAAGCUGGAAGACCUGAAGGCCAAAGCCAAAGUGGCUUUCGGUCAGACGAUGGACCUUCACUACACCAACAACGAGUUGGUGAUUCCACUGACCACUCAGGACGACCUCGACAAGGCCGUGGAGCUGCUGGAUCGCAGCGUUCACAUGAAGAGCCUGAAGAUCCUCCUGGUGCUCCAGAUCUUCUCUCAGAAUUCGUCCUCCAACAUGGACCUCUUGCCGUCCCACGAGGAGCUGGACAACACGGGAUUCAGGGUCGCUGACAAGAAGAGUAUGCUCGCUUUGAUAGGCUCCCAUUCAACGGACCGCAGCUCCCCCCCGCCGGGAUACAUCCCCGACGCGCUGCAGCAGGUGGCGAGGAACGGCUCCUUCACCAGCAUCAACAGCGAGGGGGAGUUCAUCCCAGAGAGUAUGGACCAGAUGCUGGACCCGCUGUCGAUGAGCAGUCCGGAGAACUCAGCGUCUGGAAGCUGUCCCUCUUUAGACAGCCCUCUGGACAGCGACUACCCGAAGUCCAGGAUGCCGCGAGCACAGAGUUACCCAGACAACCACCAGGACUUUCCAGAGUACGACAUCCCGGUGUUUGAGAAGUCGGGGAAAGGUGGAACGUACCCUCGACGAUACGGCAUUCCCUUCGGCCUUCAGGACUACAGCGAUGGGAGGAAGACCUUCCCCCGGGCCCGGCGUACGCAGGUUCACGGCUUCCGCUCGCCUGUUAACUUCAGCCCGACCGAGCAGUCGCCCAGCACCAGCAGCGGCAGCAGUGUGUUCACCCCCGACCUGGAGGAGGCCCCGGGGCCCGCCAGGAGGCCGCGGAGGGGCAGCGACAUCGAACCCAACCCCAACCCAACGGCCCCGACCCUGUCUGUGAUGGACAUCAGCCCGCCCAGCCGCUCGCCACGCGCCCCAACAAACUGGCGGCUCGGGAAGCUCCUGGGUCAGGGGGCCUUUGGACGGGUUUUUCUCUGUUAUGACGCGGAUACUGGACGGGAACUGGCGGUCAAACAGGUCCAGUUUGACCCAGAGAGUCCAGAGACCAGCAAGGAGGUAAGCGCCCUAGAGUGUGAAAUCCAGCUCCUGAAGAACUUGUGCCAUGAGCGGAUUGUCCAGUACUACGGCUGUUUGCGAGACACGAUGGAGCGAACGCUCUCCAUCUUCAUGGAGUACAUGCCUGGCGGCUCCAUUAAGGACCAGCUGAAGUCAUACGGAGCGCUGACGGAAAACGUGACGCGGCGUUACACGCGGCAGAUCCUAGAGGGGGUUUCCUACCUGCACAGCAACAUGAUUGUCCACAGAGACAUCAAAGGGGCCAACAUCCUCCGUGACUCGGUGGGUAACGUGAAGCUGGGAGACUUCGGGGCCAGCCGCCGGCUGCAGACCAUCUGUCUGUCAGGAACAGGCAUCAUGUCUGUGACCGGCACCCCCUACUGGAUGAGCCCGGAAGUGAUCAGUGGAGAGGGAUACGGCAGGAAGGCCGACAUCUGGAGCGUUGGCUGCACCGUGGUGGAGAUGCUGACGCAGCGACCCCCGUGGGCGGAGUUUGAGGCCAUGGCGGCCAUCUUUAAGAUCGCCACCCAGCCCACCAACCCCGUGCUGCCGGCCCACGUGUCGGACCACUGCCGAGAGUUCCUCAAACGGAUCUUUGUAGAGACUAAACAGCGGCCGUCUGCUGAUGAGCUACUGAGGCACAUCUUUGUACA